CCAUCGCGACAAGCCACUCCCGGCCCCCUUACCCAUCUUUAAUUCAUCGCUAUUUUGGUUGAUGGUACUUGAUCUGCACGAAUCUCGUGGUCGCUGACGGCGCUGCAAGGAAUUCACCUGAUGGGCGCGACCAUUGCCGUUGCCGCCCUCUUCCUCCGACCGACAUGAGCUCCUGGAUCAACGAUUCCGCUGUCCCGAACCACAAUGGCAACGGCUUCCCUCACGUUAACGACCCCUCGGCAGUUGCCGGGGCCAUGAUGGAUCCGUCCUUCAUGGGUGGUACUGCCCAUUUCAAUGCGCAAUUCGCGAACCCCCAGCAAAUGGUGAUGCCCAAAGGCCCCAUGCGCAAUGCAUCACCGUCGUUUCCCAACCCGAUGUAUCAGACCAACUCUGUCAUUCCCUCCAAGCGACCCCGUCCGAGAGAGGAAGGCAUGGGCCAGUCGCCACGCCCUGCGCCCGGCAUGCUGCCGGCUUCGCGCGCCGAGACACCUCAGCAAGCCGCCUUCUCGGGCUUCCAGCAGCCUGGCAUGCCGCAACAAUCGUCGGGCCAGCCGUCGCCCUAUCCGCAUCUUCAACCGAAUGGCUCGUCGAACGCGACACCAUCGCCCAUCAUGGCCAAUCAAAUGCGGCCGGGAAGCGUUCCGCAGCGAGUCGCGUCUACCUCCCCACACCCGUUUUCGCCUGCCGCGCAGCAGUUCUCGCAAGCGUCCCCUAUGCCGUCGGACAGCUCCCACCAGUUCAUGCCGCAGAACUUCCCCCAGAAUUUCAACCCUCAGUUUAGCACCGCGCAGUCUCCGUCAAGGCCAUCGCCUGCCCCGAACGCAAUGGCCGGGCAGAUGAUGCCACAGCAAAUGACGCAAAUGCCACUGCAGAUGGGCCAAGUAUCUCAACAGAUGCAGCAGAUGGGGGGACAGAUGCCCGGCCAAAUACCAGGUCAGAUGGGGGGACAGAUGAUGUCUAGUCCAGGACAGAUGUCUGGGCAGAUGCCAGGACAACUAGGAGGGCAACUACCAGGCCAGAUGCCAAGCCAGAUGCCAGGCCAGAUGCACAACAUGAUGUUCCCACAGCAGAUGGCGCAACCUCGGAAUGCCAUGGAGCAGCAAAAGCUUCUGUACCAGAUGCAGUUACAGCAACAAGCUCAGCGGACGAACUUGCAAAUGCAGCAGAUGGGUGCCCAGAAUAUGAUCCAAGCGCAGCCGAACCAGAACCAGAACCAGAACCAGGCUCAGGCUCAGGCACAAGCACAGGCGCAAAUGCGCAACAUGGUGGCCGGCAGACCAGGCGGCCCGAACGGGCAGAUACCGGCAGGAGGUAUGAGACCGCAGCAAGGAGUUUCACAACAGCUGAUGAUGCGGAUGCCUCCCCCAGAACAGUUCAUGAAGCACUUGACGGCCUUCAUGAAUUCCAAGGGUCUGCCCCUUGAUCUUCAACCUGUUGUUGAUGGUCGGCCGGUCCCACUGUAUAACCUCUUCCAAUUUGUUUUCAACAAGUUUGGCGGAUAUCGCAACGCGACGCAGUCAAAUGGCUGGAUCCAGGUUUCCCAUUGGAUGGCGUUCGCACCGCCUAACCAGGUGGUGCCCGCCGUGGCGCAACAGCUCAGGACUGUCUACGAGCGGAAUCUGCUCAAGUACGAAGAAUUCUGGGCCACGCAGCAGAAGAUGCGAUUGCAACAACAACAACAACAACAACAACAACAGCAGCAGCAGCAGCAGCAAGGGGCAAUGGCGAACGCACAGAAUAUGCAGCAAGGCACGCCGUCAAAAGCAAUGCCUCCUGGGCAGAUGAUGCUCCCCGGACAACAAAUGCAACUCCAGCAGGGCCAGACGCCGUCUCCUAUCAAAGCCUCAGCGACGCAGCAAGCGGGCGUCAACGGGUUUCCAUCUGUUCAACCUCCGCAUGGGCAGCAGUCAAUGCUCCCCAACCAAGGACACUCCCGCAAUAACCUAUCAAGGAACGUACAGCCGACGCCUACAGCCGACGAGUUUCACCUUCCUUCCCCUGCGCAGAGCAAAGCAGGGACCAUGUCCCUGCCCGGCUCUGCCCACCCCGAAAAUCACGGAAUAGCGGAUGACGCUGCAAGUUCGUUGAAGUUCCCGGCGCCGUUCGCAACAAAUCCGGAAGAGUACAUGCCCUGUUCGCGGGAGUUCACAACGUUUGGCGGCCUCGACGUGAAUGCCCUCUGGAAGAUUGGCAACGAGCUGGAGCGAACCAAGAUCGAUGUCCCGUUGCCGAUCGAUUUCGGGAACGUCGAUAUCCACGCUCUUACCAAAAGCAUCCAGAGUGGGAUACACGGGGAGGUUCGGCUGGCCCUCGACACUCUGGCAUCCCUAACUUGCAACGACUACCACUUUGUCAGCCCGACUCAGCCGAUCCCCAUACCGCAGAUCGACCUCAGGCAUUGCGAUGAACUUGUCGAGGCCUUGGUCGAGUGCGCCGAGGACCAGCUCGACCUCUUGGUGGAGAAUUCCGAGGAAGCAUCGAACGAGAUUACCAUCACUCCGUACGAGGACAUUGUUCGUGCCAGCCGGGUGGAAAGGCUCGCGUUGCGUAAAGUGGCUGCUUUCGGCUCCCAUGCAUACACGCUCGAUCGCGCAGUGGAGCGGCUCAUCUGCAUUACCACGAUUCUGCGGAACCUGUCUUGGCGAGAAGAGAACCAUGCAUGCCUCGCGGACGACACUGUCAUCAAGUUCCUUUGUGUCGUGAUUAGGUAUCUCGGCACACGCGAGAUGCUUCUCAGGACCCACAUCGACACGCUGGAUCUGAUGAAAGAUUUGGUGACUCUCCUGUCGAACAUAGCGGGCGCUGUUGAGAUACCGGGACGCGAGCAGGCGUUUUGCCUGCUGCAGUUCCUACUUGCCUUUGCUCCUACACCAGGCCCGACAUUGUCGAACGACCGGCUCUUCUUCUCUCUCUACGAUCCGGCUCUGCACCCUUAUCUUCCUCAUGCGGUGGACUGUCUUGCGAAAUUGCUCGCUAGAUAUGAGCCGAACAGGUCGUACUACGCGACCAUCUUCGCGGCCGAGGCCGCUGUCAACUCCUCGCCCCCGUGCGAACUUCUCACUCGAGCGUUCGGCCUCGCUAUAUCGCCGAUCCCCGAUCAUUUACGGGAGCCCCGGGCCAUGAAUCUGCCGUCGCUCGUCGAGGCCCGCAAACCGCUGCUGAUGCAAGGCCUUCUCGCCGCCGACGUCAUGGCUGGCUUGGCACCCGGGUUCGAAAGCGGCGUUGCGCGCACCUGGCUUGCCUCUGGCAAUGGCUUUGCUCAGAACCUAUUUCUCCUGGCUCGGCAGCUCAGCGCUCAGUUUGAGGGUCUGGCCGCCAGGACUGCCGGCGGCCAGCCUAGGGGCCAGCCAAAACGGGACCCCGACCUCGUCUACAUGAUCUCGCUCGCCGUCAGCAUUCUCAAGCGGCUGACCGAGAAGGCGCGGGACCCCAACGACCCCACCGGAAAGAACAGCAUCCCACCGGAGGUGCUUCCUGCCAAGGAGGGAGUGCUUACUGCGCUACAGCUGCAAGCGCAGGAGUGGGCGAAGGAAGGGGUACUGGCGAAUCUGAUGGACUAUGCCUGCAUGGCGGAUUAAGGAGACUGCGGGCGCUCGGGAUAGGCAG